AUGGGCUUGCUGUGGGAGGCGAUUUACAAUGUGGCGGUCUAUUUGUUCAGGAAAUCGAGCUGCUUGUGUUCCGAUUUCUGCUCCCAACCUGUCGACGGACCACGAAACGUAAUGUCCCCUUCUUGCGGUCUCUCCUACGAAUAUCCUGAGCUACUAGAAGAUCCCAAUGUUCCUGAAGAUCCUGCAGGAUCAUGUCGGAAUUUGGUCAUGGUGGAGGGCAGCGAGAGCAAACACCAUCGAGUUGAUGAGGUCCAAAGAGCAGCAUUACUCUGGGAACUACCCCCGGGAGACCGCUGUCGUGGCCCCUUCGACGACCCACCCCCUGCCCCAUCAAUGCCGACUGCUAGCGGGACACACAUGAUUGAUAUCCAGGCGGACUGCCAGUACGGGAAGAUGCUGACAUUCCUGGAACGGCAACUCUUGAAGGCUGGGCAGCUGCAGCUGCCAAGCAAUGCAUCAUCGGAAGAUCUGGAAGCAUUUGAGGCCGAAAUACGCAGGGGGCGAUGUCUCUUCGCCCAGUGCAAGGGGCCCUUUGACAUCUGCCAGUACUACAGCAUUGAACACUUCCGGCAGGGCGUGGAGGAUAUAUGUGGAAAGCUUGCAGAAAGCACCCACGAAUGGGGGAUGCAUAACGCCGUGGUAAUCGAGCACAGGAUUCCUCCAGAUGAUGUGGAAGCGGAUCGGCUGGCUUUGCACAAUUAUCUUGUCGAUAUCCAUAGUCGACCUGCCGCCUUCGUGAACUGCCAGUUGCUUCAGCCCAUCUGGGGCUCGAAACGCAUUGAGGUGCUUGACGAGGAUGAGCUGUUGUUGGGACGCAAACUGGGAGAAAGUAGCUGGACCGUUGCUUGCGAAGCCGAAUGGCCCAAAAGAUCCUGUGUUGUCGCUGUCAAGAAGCCGGCCCGUGAUGCGCCCCUUCAG